GAACCCGAAACUAAAGCGGGGUCAGGUUUCCUCGGUUUGAAGUCAGAGAUGAGUCACUGCUAAGAGCAACUGCAGUGGUUAAGUAGCACCAGAGACACAGGCGUGAGACCAGGGCACAGGAGGCUGACUGCGCAGCUGAGUGUCCCCCCGCAAGGCAUGGCGAGCAGCAUGGAGGCGGUGGCCAUGGACUGCGAGAUGGUGGGGGUGGGGCCCCUCCGGGAGAGUGGCCUGGCUCGGUGCAGCCUGGUGGACUUCCACGGCUCGGUAAUCUACGACAAGUUCAUCCGGCCCGAGGGGGAGAUCACGGAUUACAGAACCCGGGUCAGCGGGAUCACACCUCAGCACAUGGAAAACGCCACGCCCUUCGCCGUGGCCAGGCGGGAGAUCCUGCAGCUCCUGAAAGGCAAGCUGGUGGUGGGUCACGACCUGAAGCACGACUUCAAGGCUCUGAAAGAGAACACGAGCAACUACAGCAUCUACGACACCGCGGAGGACAUGGUGCUCUGGGCCAAGGCCGGCUUGCUGCACUACAAGCGCGUAUCCCUCCGCGUGCUCUGCGAGCGCCUCCUCGGGAGGAGCAUCCAGAACAGCCUGUCUGGACACAGCUCGGUGGAAGACGCCAGGGCCACCAUGGAGCUCUAUCAGAUGUCCCGGAGACUCCGGCGCCGCUGAGGGCUGCCCAGUGGGCUGGCCGUGUCAGCUCGGCUCCCUGCGGCCGCUCCUCCAGGGUCUUUGCCUCGCCAGGACAGCAGCUCUCUUGCUUUUGGAAAGUGCAUCUGUAGCAAUAAAACGCUUCUAUAUUUUCUCUA